CCGAGCCUCAAAUUUCAAGUUGUCAAUCUAUCAGUGUAAAGCAAAUUUCGUCUCUCAAGGCUGACAAAGGCUGGUGAUGCCUUCAAUUGCAAGGUAUUUGGUACAAUUGGUGACCAAGAUGAUUGUGAAAUUGCAUUCUCUCUGUCGAUGCAUGCUGGGAACCUAGACUGAUUAUCCUAACCACGGCCCUAAAUGCAACCAUCCCAUGUUCCCCUGGCGUAAAAUUAAAACAUCUUUUGCCAUGGUAGCAAAAUUUUCUAAUACAUCGAGUGUCUGACACCCCGCGGAAUUCCAAUCAAUGCAGCAACUUCCCCUCCGCUAUCUCGACUUUCGCGAUGUUUUUGGAUCUAAAUGAAAGCCUUCAACAUUUCCCCUUUGGGGAAUGCCGAGGUCAAUCCGCUGAGUCAUCGUAUAAUCGCGGGGAAGACGACGAGCGAGAGCAAGCAAAUGCGCAUCUACACACUUUUGUCAAGCCAUUUUCUGUCUUAACACCCUGAACCCGGAAGAAGAGCUCAUAUACAUAAAACCCAUUGUCUUCACCGGGAACAAAUAGCCAUGUCCUCCGCUCCCUCUGAAGCCAUUGCUGAUAUACCCGCACCCACGCAUGCCCAGCUGGAUUCCAUGCUUUCUCGCAAGUUUGGCAAGGAGACAGUGAACUAUUUCUCAAGUUCGCGUUUAAACCGGGUCUCGUUCCUCCGAGCAGAUGGCGCAUUCUUAUCAGCAGCGAUAAGACACCCAACAAGCCGCUUUCUACUCUUCAACGAGCUCAACCCCCUCAUCCGCAGCCCCUCAGAGCUCUUCUACGCUUCCUACAAUGAUGUCAAGACCCUCGUUCCCGAAGACAUCUUCGAUAAAUCCGAAGUAGACGCCCUCAAGGACUUCGACCCCUCCGUCACAAAGCCCCUCCUGAUAUUCCUAGGUCUAGACGAGACGCAGACGGAAAAUACUUUGAGCUACAAAACGUAUAAGGGAACCCCCUUCUUCGCCCUAGACGUCACCCCGCGCGGCACAAUAGAACAACCUGCCAAGGACAUUAUCGCAACUAUGGAAGCCAAGGGCUUGUCUUUCUUCCGGGGCCGCACCGUCACCACCCUCCCCGCCGACAUAGCCGCCAUAUAUGCCCAAGCCCGCGCCAUUCUCGACUGGAACACGCGCAACAUAUACUGUGGCACCUGCGGCCACCUAACCAUGUCUGUCCAAGCGGGCACAAAGCGCGCUUGCCCACCGCACGACCCCCAAGGUCCCCGCCCGCCCUGCAGCACCCGCACAACGAUCUCAAACAUCUCAUUCCCCCGUACUGACCCAACCAUCAUCGUGGUCGUCGUCAGCCACGACGGCCAACGCCUGCUUCUGGGCCGGCAGAAGCGAUACCCGCCCAACUGGUACUCGACGCUGGCCGGGUUCAUUGAGCCCGCCGAAUCCGUCGAGGAUGCAGUGCGGCGCGAGGUGUGGGAAGAGUCUGGCGUGGUGGUGUCCCGUGUCGUCAUCCAUAGCACGCAGCCAUGGCCGUACCCGGCCAAUCUGAUGAUUGGCGCCAUUGCGCAGGUGGCGAAGCCGGAGCAUGAAAUCAUCUCGCUCCAGCAUGACCCAGAACUAGAAGAUGCGCGGUGGUUCUCUAUUGCGGAAGCUGAGGAGGCGUUGAAAGUGGGCACCAGCGAUUUGUCGGGGAAACCUGGGUCGGGAUAUAAAGAGGGUGGGCUGCGCUUGCCGCCCAGGACGGCGAUUGCGUAUCAGUUAAUUGCCGCGGUGGUUCAUGGGGAGUUUUGGGGGGGGAUUAGUUAUGCUAAUGGGCCCAAGAUGUGAAUGGGUUGAAGUGUCAGUGCAGACGGGCAGGUGUCAGGCUUUCAAGCCUGUGACAUACAUCCCUGUGCUUAUUGGGAAAAUUAGAAAAAAAUAAAAUAAAAAUAAAAAGGCAAAGAAAAGAAGGUCAAUAUAGAAAUGAUUCGCCGGGUUUGACUGCGAUACCCUCCUGCUCAUAUGGCAUGGGCAUUUUACUUUUGAUACCACAGUUUGUUAGCGAUAUAUACAUAAAAUUGGAUUUACAGGGCGCGUAUUUGAAGAACAAUAGAACGCACCGCCUCGCUAUCUUGUACCCUAUUAGACAUAGUUAUAUUAAGAUCACAGAUACCGUAUGAUAUGUCGCGUCUUCGAUUCAUUCCCCCGCUCAUAUGCAUACAAGUGCGUAGACAUCAUCUUUGUAUCAGAGAUUUUUCCCAUAGGCGGCGUAUUUAUCACGCCUGACACCCACCUCGAAAAUUCACCUUGGUUGGGUAGCUGAAAGACAUAGACCGAAGCUCGAUCAAAGGUCCUUGCCUGUAGGACUGGGUCAGAGAGGCAGAAAGAGGUUUGGGACUAUAUCAUUCAAAUGCUAUAACGUCAAUGGGACUUGGAAUAUUCAUGACACCAAACAAGUAGCUAAACAAGAAACACCGUGGGUUGCAAUCAUACGGAAAGUACUGUGGAGGUGGUGAAUAAGAGGGAGAGAGAGCAAAAUAAAAACUGGGUAGUAUAGGACAAAAGGAUCGCAGAGAUAGAGAAGGAUCUUGAAAGAAAUAGAGCAGAAUAAUGUACGCAGUUGGCAAAAAGGGGGAAAUGAGUUCAUAAUGGGCAAUCACAUCCCCAAUUUGGGGGAGAAAAAAAAUAAAGGUUAUAUAAACGGAUAUCGCCAAACAUGCUUUUCCUUUUUGUGUUUCCAUGUACGAAAAAAAAAAGUAAGAAAAAGGAGCCGCUUAAAUUUGUUUGAAAAGAAAUAAGGCAUUAAAAAAAAAAUAAUAAAAAAAGAAACA